CGUAUAAACCAAACACAAAAACCCUAGCUUAUCUUGCAGCCCUAAAGUCGUACAUCCCUUCUCCCCCACUCUCCAUUUUCUCAGUCCCAUUUCAAAUGGCCGCCGCCGCCGCUGUGCGUCCCUUGGUCACCGUCCAGUCUCUGGACGGCGACAUGGCCACCGACCAGAGCCAAACCGUCUCCUUGCCUGAUGUCAUGAAGGCCUCCAUCCGGCCCGACAUCGUCACCUUCGUCCACUCCAACAUCUCCAAGAACAGCCGCCAGCCCUACGCCGUGUCCAGGAAAGCCGGCCACCAGACCUCCGCCGAGUCCUGGGGAACUGGGCGAGCCGUCUCCCGUAUCCCACGUGUUCCCGGAGGUGGGACUCACCGCGCUGGCCAAGGAGCCUUCGGAAACAUGUGCCGUGGUGGCCGCAUGUUCGCUCCUACCAAGAUCUGGCGCCGUUGGCACCGGAGAGUCAAUGUCAACCAGAAGCGCUACGCGGUCGUUUCGGCCAUUGCCGCUUCGGCAGUCCCGUCUCUGGUUAUGGCUCGCGGGCAUAAAAUAGAGACUGUUCCAGAAUUGCCCCUGGUCGUUAACGACUCCAUUGAGGGGGUUGAGAAGACCUCGGCGGCUCUGAAGGUGUUGAAGGAGAUCGGGGCUUACGCCGAUGCCGAGAAGGCAAAGGACAGCCAUUCGAUUCGACCUGGAAAGGGGAAGAUGAGGAAUCGGAGGUACAUCAACCGUAAGGGGCCGUUGAUUGUGUACGGAAGUGAGGGGGCGAAGCUUGUGAAGGCAUUUAGGAACAUUCCUGGUGUCGAUAUUAUCAAUGUGGAGAGGCUUAGUCUGCUGAAGCUUGCUCCCGGUGGGCAUUUGGGUCGGUUUGUGGUCUGGACCAAGUCGGCUUUCCAAAAGCUGGAUUCGAUUUAUGGAUCCUUCGAUAAGGUUUCUGAGAAGAAGAAGAGGUAUGUGUUGCCGAGGUCGAAGAUGGUGAAUGCUGAUCUGGGUAGGAUUAUUAACUCGGACGAGGUCCAGAGCGUUGUGAGGCCGAUUAAGAAGGAUGCGAAGAGGGCUCCAAUGAAGAAGAACCCACUAAAGAAUCUGAAUACUUUGUUGAAGUUGAAUCCAUAUGCGAAGACUGCUAGGCGAAUGGCUCUGUUGGCUGAGGCUGAGAGGGUUAAGGCUAAGAAGGAGAAGCUCGACAAGAAGAGGAAGCCCAUUACCAAGGAGGAAGCUACUGCCAUUAAGGCCGCUGGUAAGGCAUGGUACAAAACUAUGAUCUCAGACAGUGACUACACCGAGUUUGACAACUUUGCAAAGUGGCUAGCGGUAGCCGAGUGAUUUACGUCUGCGUUAAAUUUACAAGGCCUUGUUUGCGUAGAAUGUUUUGGGUUAGUGUUUAUGUUGUGUCUUUUGUUCUCUUGAGUCAAAGAAUGAGACGUGGGAGGAAAAGUGGUGUAUUAACAGAGAAAACGCUCGCGUUUUCCCUCCCGGAUUGUGCCAAUCGUAACUAGAUUUAUAUUAGUUUGUCAAUUUUGUUCUAUGACAACGUUGGUAAUUUUGAUCCGAAAUGCAGGCGUUUUAAUCUCA